CAGAAGGGAAAAAGCAUCUGUUCAAAGUAUAUCCAGGCACGACACAUGGGUUUGGGAGCCGUCCGAAUUUUGAUAUCCUCAAGGUUAAGGAAUCAUGGGAGACACUCAUGCAGGAUAUUCCAUCUUGGUUCAAAGAGAAUUUGUGA